AUGAGGUCUGACCCCUUGGACACUAUGGCAUCCCCCUCCUCCCAGACUAAUAGUGCCGACACAGAGAUUAGCAGCUCUGAGUCCAACUUCAGUCUCUCUGUGGGCUAUUUUCCCUCACAGGAUAUAAACUCCUUUAUGGAAACAAGCCCAGAGAGUGAGUCCACUCAUUUCCUCCCACCCAUCCAAGGAGCAUGGCUGACUGAAAAUGCAAGGAGACCCAGAGGAAGAUUCAGCCGAGUUCAGACCAAAGCAGAUGAAAUUUCCAAACUUAGUAUUACCCUAGCGUGGGAUAUUGAUCUGGGACCUGACCACUCAGAUUCAAUGUCUGCCUGGAAUUUAAAGAAAGAAAAAAGCUGGGCAGACACCAACACAGAACAAAAUACACACCAGCCUAUGGAAGAACUGGACUGUUUUGUUCAAAAGCUUGAACCAGAUAAAGAUAAUCAGAGAGGAGAUGAUAGUCUUAUUCUUGAGUCACUUGCAAAAGAAGAAUCCCUGAUCACCGAAGAUUCCCCAAUCACCAAAGAUUCCCCCAUCACCAAAGAUUCCCCCAUCACCACAGCUUCCCCUUCAGAAAUCACUAAAACCAUCAUUAAGUCCAUCCAAGAUGAGAACAUGUCUCACGACUCUUCAACUGGUCAACAUUCAGAAAAUGGGCAUCUGGUCCAACCAGUCAUACCACAGGAGUGCCAGCUCAGAGCAACAAAAAAGAUGGAGGCUUGGCAGGAAAGGAAGGAAACACCAAGCUUUAAGAGUAAGAGGAGAAGCUCUGCAGAAUCUUCCUCACUCUCCACAGGAAAGAGAGAGAACCAAUCUUCAGCUUCCCCAGAAAUACAGUCACUGUCCUGUUUGAACAUAGGUCGGCUUCUUCUCAGGUGGUUAAGGGAGCAAGUCUUUUCCUCACUCUCAGGGAGGGAACAAUCCCAAAACAAGGCCACCAAGGACCCAAAACAGCUAGUCCAGAGAAGACAGCGCUCAUACAGAGAAAGAAGAGUCCAACCCCAGGACAUUCCCAAAUUUACCUAA